AUGCUGUUGCUGCUCUGCACUAGCGAUGCCGACGCCACCGCCGCUGCCGCGUACUGCCACCAGUUCAACGAUCUACUCGUUUUCGGUUCAAGCGCAGCCCCGCGAGAGGAGCUCGUCCGCUCUGUUGCUCAUCUGACCGUGUCGUUCCAGCUGUCUCCGGACUCUGCCGGUGCUCCCCGCUGCCCAGGACGAGCAGCAGUAGUAACGGUGGCGACGGCCAUGGCAGCAGCAACAUUCACUACUCCGCCUGUCACUAACAUCAUCGAUACAUUCAUUCGAAAGCUGAAGCCAUUUGUCUUGUAG